AUCCACCAACAACGCCAGCAACGAUGCUCACGACCGCAACCCGCACCCUCGCCCGCCCCGCCGCCAUCCGCCGCUUCGCCCUCGCCGCGGGCGGCGCGCGCUCGCAGCACACGCUCCCCGACCUCCCGUACGCGUACAACGCGCUCGAGCCGUACAUCGCCGAGGACAUCAUGAAGCUGCACCACCAGAAGCACCACCAGGCGUACGUGACCGGCCUCAACGCCGCCGAGGAGGCGUACGCCAAGACGCAGAGCCCCAAGGAGCGCAUCAAGCUCCAGCCCGCGCUCAAGUUCAACGGCGGCGGGCACAUCAACCACACUCUCUUCUGGAAGAACCUCGCCCCUGCGAACGCGGGCGGCGGACAGCUGUCCAGUGGCCCGCUCAAGAGCGCUAUUGAGGAGUCGUUCGGCUCGGUUGAUGCGUUCAAGAAGAAGAUGAGCGCGACGACUGCCGCGAUCCAGGGCAGCGGCUGGGGAUGGCUGGGCUAUAACCCCGAGACGAAGAAGCUCGAGAUUGUCACGACCCCAAACCAGGACCCGCUGCUCUCGCACGUCCCCAUUAUUGGCAUCGACAUCUGGGAACACGCUUUCUACCUCCAGUACAAGAACGUCAAGGCUGAUUACCUCUCGGCGAUCUGGAACGUGAUCAACUGGAAGGAGGCCGAGCAGCGCUUCACCGAGGCCGCCAAGUGAGCCCGAGCGGAAGUGAGGAGAAAAGACGGCAUGGACCGUAGUUCGACGAGGUUACGAGUAUGCUUGCUGUAGUGAACAAUUGUAUUUUUAUGUUUGAUGCAUAUAGUCUUGCUUUCGCUUCGGGUUCGUGCCUUGAGUGUUGGCCAGCUCAGGC